UUGUUAAAUCCUCCCCAUUUGUUGGUUGUUUAAUGCCGGUUUGUGUUUAUCUCCAUCAUCGUUGAUUUCCACCUUAAACUAUCCCAUAGCUUUGCUAAAGCUUAACCCAGAUCGCAAAAUCUUCCAUUGUCUAGAAUUUCUGUUUCAUUUCUCGCCACGCACCACAUUAUUUGGUAAAGUCAAGGCAAAGUCUUCCCUCAUAUUAUAUACUUAAUUUUUGGAUUUACAUAAUUAUUUUAAGGGCAAUGAAUCAACAUAUAUUCCUUUUAAAACUCCUGAUUUGGAAUAGCAUUGACCUGAACUGAGAUUUAUAUAUUCUGAGCUAAAAAAUUACGAAAAUGUGAAAUUCACUGUAUCGCCUAACCCCCAAAGUUGAUGGAGCAUACAAGUCUUUGAAUUUCAAAGCUUGCAAUUAAAACUCAUUUCUUUAUCUCCCUUUUCAAUGGCUUCCUCCGUGUCGAUAUUGUCGCUGUCUUUCUCUUUUAGAAAGACCCAUUUCAAAUUCUUGCCCAACCGUGCAAAUGUUAAUCUUUGCCCUUUAAUUGCCCAUAAGAAACGAUCUCUGGUCAAGUCAAACCAAAUUUUGCCAUUUCAAGCUGUCGAUCUUCUUGCCUCUCGUCGUUUCUCCACUGUUCCUCUAACUGCAACUAGAGCUUCUUCUGAUGGGUUUAUUGACCUGACUGAAGAUAAAGAGAUAUUGCCAUUAUUUGAGGAAAGGCCAGCAAAGUUUCUAUUUUGGGUCCUGGUAUGGGCUUCUUUUUCUCUUGCUUGGUUUGCAGCUUCAGGGGAUGCUAAUGCGGCUGUUGAUUCUAUUAAAGCCUCCAGCUUUGGACUAAAGAUUGCGAGCGCUCUUAGAAGCUUGGGUUGGCCUGAUGAAUCUGUGGUGUUUGCACUUGCUACGCUUCCAGUGCUUGAGCUUCGUGGGGCUAUUCCCGUUGGUUAUUGGAUGCAACUUAAGCCUAUAACGCUUACUGUCUUAUCCGUUAUUGGAAACAUGGUUCCUGUGCCUUUGAUUGUACUUUACUUGAAGAGAUUUGCUUCUUUCCUUGCUGGAAGGAACCAGUCAGCUUCUAGAUUCCUUGACAUUCUGUUUGAGAAUGCCAAAAAGAAGGCGGCCCCUGUGGAAGAGUUUCAGUGGCUUGGCCUUAUGCUUUUUGUGGCUGUUCCUUUCCCUGGUACUGGAGCAUGGACUGGGGCCAUCGUAGCUUCAAUUCUUGAUAUGCCAUUCUGGCCUGCUGUAUCAGCUAAUUUUUGUGGUGUUGUGUUGGCUGGACUUCUGGUAAACUUACUAGUGAACCUUGGUCUCAAGUAUGCCAUUGUUACUGGUAUUAUCCUGUUCUUGAUAUCCACUUUUAUGUGGAGUAUCCUUCGAAGUGUUAGGAACUCUUUCAGUUCCUCAAAUUGAUGUUUAGUUGGCAGAUUCAAUAACUUAUUUCUCUCAAGAGCAGUAAAUGAUAAUUUAUGUUCUCCAAUUGGAAUAUUCUGCCAUCCCAAAAAAGACAAUGGUAUUUCUGUCACUAGGGAGUUAGUAGUAGUUUAGUUCUGUAGCCUGUGAUGCUUGAUUUUAUGCAGGAAGUUGGCCUGCACAAAAUCAAGAUGUUAUUCGCAGAGAUUAUUUUGUUUUUUCGAACUUCUCAUUUGAUUAUUGAAAAUGAGUAAAAGAUAUGAAAUUAAUCAAAUCUCAGGUGGGGAGAUUGAUGUUUUUGUGA